GUUAGGAAUUUGUUAUGAAAUUUCAACUUUCAAACUGACAUGUCUGAAUUUUCGUCUAAAUUGAAUCUGUUUUAACUAAAUUCCCGAAUUUAUGAAAUUUUGAUAAGAGCUUGAGAUGGCAGCAACGGUUGCUAGUGCCACAGUCAGAGCUGUGAAAAGAAAAUUGCUACCAACUAGGGCUGCUCUGGUUUUGACGCCAGCGGCAGUGAAUCGCGUAAGACAGCUUUUAGAGGGAAAAGACGAAUUUGUAGGUCUGAAGGUUGGUGUUCGUCAAAGGGGUUGUAACGGUCUCUCUUACACACUUUCGUAUGCAAAACAGAAAGAAAAUAUGGAUGAGGAAGUGAAGCAAGAUGGAGUUAGGAUAUUUAUAGAUAAAAAGGCUCAGUUAACACUGCUAGGCACCGAAAUGGAUUUUGUCGAGAAUAAGUUGACCUCAGAGUUUGUGUUCAAUAAUCCUAAUAUAAAAGGAACUUGUGGCUGUGGAGAAUCAUUUAGUGUAUGAAAUAAAAACAACUGUUAACAACUAGAGUUUAUUUAAACUGUGGCAAUCGUCAUAUAAAUAAAUUGUGUAGAAUAAAAUAUAGAACGAU